CGUCUGUCUGUGCACGGCCCAACGCCAGUUGAGCUGAAUCCGAUCGCAACCAAGACUUCCAAUCAACCCCGUGUUGAGGCAUUGUGCUCAGAUUUUCUGUCCUUGGAUCCUCUGGAUCCGAAAUUCUCUCGGGUGAAGUCGAUCUUGCUUGAUCCUUCCUGUUCUGGUUCUGGUUUGCGAGCCCGACAACCGGAUGGGUCCACGGGUGCACCUUUGACUUCAGGAAAGAUCGCGAAAUGCGAUGAACACUCAGAUACGGCCAGCUACCAGGAUGGCCUGUUGUGGAGUGAACAGUCGGAGAAGCGGUUGCAACGCCUCGCCAAUCUCCAAGCUCAGUUGUUAAAUCAUGCACUGAAGUUUCCCAAUGUAGAACGAGUUGUCUAUUCCACAUGUUCACUUUGUCCCAAGGAAAAUGAGCAAGUAGUCUCUGAGGUACUAGCCACUUCUCGCGGCCGCUUCGUUUUGGAACCGAUAUGGAUGAAUAAUCCAGGUUUAACAACCCAAAUCUCUCAGUUUGAUUGGAAGACACGAGGUUUGUCCGAGUACGACUGUGAACCAUGUCUUCGAACCGUUCCGGAGAAGGAUUUGGCCAACGGGUUCUUUGUUGCGUGCUUUCGUCGUGAAUUGGGUGUUCAAAACCGUAAACGGACUCACGCUGAUCGCUCCCGUGCGAGCGUGGCUGCUAAACGCGCAUGCAAAGAAGUCAGAACGAAUGCCGUUUGGAAAACGCUUCUUUCGAAAAAGCAGAAGAAGCAUAAACGGAAGUGA